AUGUCAGAAUAUGUCGAGCUAGACGGGUUUCAGCUACUUGCGCCAAAUCUAGGUCUCCGCUUGUCUGUGUCGUCUCAUCUAUUCAUCUCCAAUCAUGCCAACUUGGAAUUGGAUUGUCAUGGCCUCUACGAGUGUGUCCAAGCCGAAAGACUAUGGUUCUUACCGCCGAGUAUCUUCUAUCUCCAGCUCAAAGUGCAAGUUGGUGAUCGAGCAAUGCAUACGGUUUUGCCGGAAAGUAAUUUCCUUGAGUACUGUGCCAACAUGAUCUGUCUGGCGACGUUGUGGGAUCAGCUUGGACUGUCAAUAAGUUGCACAGCAGUACACUAUGAGACCGAUAGUGAAGACGACCCAAACCUGUUCUUUGAGAUUGAGCAGCCGGAUAAAUCCUUUGCAUUACUAUCGCCACCAUCUGUCCAAACAAGCACAGUACAUGGCUUGACCUGCUCCUUGGACUAUGACUGGACCUUUGCACAAAGUCAGGAGGUAAUUGUAUUUGACAACAGCACGAACCAAGAUCCUGAAGAAUAUCUGGAUCCCGAUAAGAACUGGUUGUAUCAACAGGACGAUAGUUGGAGUGACUUGCAUACAGAAGAUCGGUCAGCGGGCAAUGAUCCGAGCGAGCCUUUUGCAAUCAACGAAGACAUAACGAAAGACGAAAAUUCAAGUGCAGAAUAUCGCCACACUGUUGUCCAACUAGCAUUGGCCUCACUACAUAAGCUCAUUGGCGUCAAGAGGAGAUUUUCGGGCAUUCGCGUCGGCGAUCCAAUCUCUCCAACCUUGCUGGAACUAGCACCUUGCGUUUGCAAUGCAAGUUACAUACAGACGGUCGCGAAGUACGCCAACCACUUCCCGGCCAUAGCCGAUAUUAUCACAGACGCCAGUACAUGGAGACCAUCCUUACGCGACAAGAUUGUCAAAAUUUCUGCAGAGCGGUCGAGUGAUCACGAAAGACCGCUCGAUAGCCAUCACAAUGACACUAGAUAUUCUAUACGACAAAGGCUAUGGACCUUGUUACGUACAUCGUUGGACGGCAAUACAGGCAUGCGGCACGCUCUAUCAAGGGUGAAUCGAUCAUCUAGGCAACUCGAACUACAACACCCUGAGUCUCUAUAUUUUGAGUAUGCCAUCAACCAAAGCGAUGAAAACGAAACAGAAGAUUCAAUGGAUGUAGUUGAACAUCAAGAGUGGAACCAGUCAGAUUGCUACGCUUCGCCUGACACGUUCAGUUGGGCAAGUAAUAGCCGUUACGGUGAUCGAGUCUUGCCAGCGAAUUCGGCCACCUAUUUCAAUCACGAAAAUCAAUUGGAACCCGAAAACGGUCCAGUCAUCUAUGGAAUAUUCGAGCCACUGCAACAUCAUGCCCAGAAUGGUGAUACGAUGAUAGACGAUGGCAUCAUACAUCGACCUGCGUAUCAAGUAGACACCGAACUAAACUUUGACGACACAUCUAGAGUCGCAUUCACUCCAUAUGAACAGCGGAAAUCUCACGAAACGCACAAUUUAGCCCCUCGGUCACAUAUUGAAUACACCGAAGAAGACGGAGAUGAACAAUGGGAUGAUACGGAAUGCGAACACUACGAAUUGAGCCAGGAGUUCGAGGCGACUUAUGAGACUGCAGCAUAUCCAGCAGCUCCUCUCACUUAG